AUCAGACAUACCACCUCUCCACCUAGCUAGCACGGCAGUGCAAGGCCAAGAAGAGCUCCACGUGCUCCAGAUCAAAGCAGCUCAAAUCCUUCCUGGGAUCUCUUGUACAAGCUACAAGCCGUUGAUCCUUUCCCUAGCCGGAUCUUUAGGCCGCGCGCGCGGCGAGAGCAAAUAAUCGGCGGGCAGGCGCGUACGCAUGCGUGUGUCGAUUCAAGUGCUCUGGCCUGGAAAUGAUCUAAUCUAAGCAAGAAGGCCACUCAUUCUGACCGGAAACCGACUGGCAUUAUUGUCGCUGGCUGAUCAGCUGCGCUCCAUCGGCUGAAUUUCUUUCUUCUUCACAACAACAAGUGUCAAUCGGAGCAUCUUGCUAGAUUGGAGCAUCGGAGAUGGCGCUUGAGAGCACGGCCAAGGUGGUGCUGGGAUGCGUGGCCUUCUCCAUCUUCUGGGUGCUGGCCGUCUUCCCGUCCGUGCCCUUCAUGCCGGUGGGCCGGACGGCGGGGUCUCUGCUGGGCGCCAUGCUCAUGGUGCUCUUCCGCGUCAUGACGCCCGAGCAGGCCUACGCCGCCAUCGACCUCCCCAUCCUCGGCCUCCUCUUCGGCACCAUGGUCGUCAGCAUCUUCCUGGAGCGCGCCGACAUGUUCCAGUACCUCGGCAGCAUGCUCUCCUGGAAGAGCCGCGGCAGCAAGGACCUCCUCUUCCGCGUCUGCCUCGUCUCCGCCGUCGCCAGCGCGCUCUUCACCAACGACACCACCUGCGUCGUGCUCACCGAGUUCAUCCUCAAGGUGGCCCGGCAGAACAACCUGCCCCCGCAGCCCUUCCUCCUCGCCCUCGCCUCCAGCUCCAACAUCGGCUCCUCCGCCACGCCCAUCGGCAACCCGCAGAACCUCGUCAUCGCCGUCACCAGCGGCAUCUCCUUCGGCUCCUUCCUCUUCGGCAUCUUCCCGGCCAUGAUCGUCGGAGUCAUAACCAACACCUGCAUCCUCCUCUGUUACUUCUGGAAGCACCUCUCCGUCGACAAGGAGCGGGACCAAGAGUCGGCCGGGGGGCAGGACGUCGUUGUGGCCGACGACGAGGUCACCUCGCACCGGUUCACGCCCGCGCGGAUGUCGCGCGCCAACUCCGUAAACGGCGACGCCGACUACAUGAACGAGCCCAUCCGCAGGAGCGACAGCAUGAGCAGGAGCAAGAGCUACAACUCCGAGGGCGACCGCGACAUCCAGGUCGCCAUCAGGUCGGUGCGCGCGUCCAGCAUGUCGCAGGAGAUGGUGGAGGUGUCCACGGUGUGCGACCGGCGCGACGAUGGCCCCCGGAAGGUGACCAGGACGACCAGCCGCCAGCGCAGCGUCAUCAUCGAGGACGCGCCCGAGCAUAUCUUCGACGGCGACGAGAAGGAGAAGCCGCUCGAGGAGGAGGUGGUGAAGCAGAAGAAGUGGAAGGUACUCGCGUGGAAGACCGCCGUGUACCUCACGACGCUCGGGAUGCUCGUCUCGCUCCUCAUGGGGCUCAACAUGUCCUGGACCGCCAUCACCGCCGCCCUCGUCCUCCUGGCGCUCGAUUUCACCGACGCACAAGCUUGCCUAGAGAAGGUAUCGUACUCGCUGUUGAUCUUCUUCUGCGGGAUGUUCAUAACGGUGGAUGGCUUCAACAGAACUGGCAUACCCAACGCGCUGUGGGAGCUGGUGGAGCCGCACGCGAGGAUCGACAGCGCCAAAGGAAUCGCGCUUCUUGCCGUUGUGAUUCUUGUUCUUUCAAAUGUUGCCUCAAAUGUUCCAACCGUGCUGCUUCUCGGCACAAGAGUGGCAGCAUCCGCUGGUGCCAUCUCACCGGCUUCAGAGAAGAAAGCCUGGCUCAUACUAGCUUGGGUCAGUACGGUGGCGGGCAACCUCACCCUGCUGGGCUCAGCUGCGAACCUCAUCGUCUGUGAGCAGGCGCGGCGGGCGCAGUUCCAUGGCUACAACCUCACCUUCUGGAGCCACCUUCGUUUCGGCGUGCCGUCGACGAUCAUCGUCACCGCUAUUGGCCUCAUUAUCGUCGUUAGCUACUGAACUGGACAGGGAGGAACAACUCCUACGUUGCACCAGCAGUAGUGCAACACGUAAGCAGACAGCUUCUAUAAGCAAGGAAGCAACCGUGAAAAUGGGGGAAUUUACCUCUAAUUAUCGUCUUUUACAUUCGUGUAAACUUCUCGCCCGAAAUUAGGCGCGAGACGUCGUCCUCGCCCAUCUGCUAAAGCAAAUAAUGGGCGUGUAUUGUACGUGUGUUGCAUACGUAGAUGAUUACCCGGUCGACGCAAGUAGUCGGUGUCCGUCCGUCGUAUUCGAAAGCCAAGCUUUGCUUCGAUAGGAUGGAUGGAAGGACGGGGAAUGCAGUGACAAUGUUAUUUCAGCUGUAUGUUUGCAGAUAAAGAUAUUUUAUACGGUGGA